AGUAGCUCGCGGUUGGCUCGGUGACAUCCCUAGGCGCAACCUUGCCCCACCUGAACCAGACCAUGGUUCAGUUCGGUUUGGGUUGAUUUCUAUCAAUUAACUGAUUACUUUACAUUUCGUAGUCAAAUCAAGCUUUGCGGUUACAUACAGAGAAGGAAAAAUGGAGGAGAAGGAGAAGGAAAUGGAGAAGAACAAUGAGCUAUUAACGACACCACCGCCACCAAAACGACAGUCAAUUAAAUCGCAAUCCCAUUUCAAUACUUACCCUCUCUGGAAAAACAAGUUGCGGGAAAAUUGUUAUAAAAGGGUUCGAGAGGAUAGAAAUCGAUUGCUUUGGAAAAUGAGAUUACCUUCUUCAAAAUCUAUCAAUGAUAAGGAUUUUAUGAAAUCUGCAUUCCAGGAUAUAUUUUCUGAUGAACUGGAAAAAAUGAAGUGUGAAUCAUUAGAUGAUGACUUGAUGCCAAUUUCGACACCUCAUUCGAUUGAUAUAUUAUGGGAAUAUGAUGGUGUUCAUGAUGCUUACGAAGGUGAUCGUGAGGAGAUGUUGUUGGAAAUGCAGAGGAUUUUCUAUGAGGAUCUCAGGGACGAACCGGGUCGGAAAGAAUCUGAAAACCAUAUUCAAAUCUGGGAGGAUGAAUUAGAUGAGUAUCUGGCUCAAGCGGUUUUCGAGAACUUGCAAUUGAAUGAUAAGCAGGUGCGCAAGGAGACCUGGUGUCCCAUCUGCAAGCAAGGACAGUUGCAAGAGAACCACCAACUCAUUUAUUGUAGCCUUUGUAAACUUCAACUCAGCAAAGGCGAUGAGGUUGGUUGGCCGAUGCAGGUUAAUUUGGAGACAUUGGAGACUCGACUAGCGGAAGUCCAUACAGAACAUCUCGAUCGGGGUUGUAAAGUAAAACCAAAGUUUUGUUUGGAAACUAGAUUCGGUUUAACUGCAUUAUACAUCUCUUGUGAGGUUUGCAGAAUAUUGGAGAUAGUAAUGUAGCUUUAAUCAUCACCAGACAGAUUUUCAUUAUACAUCACUAUUCAUUUUUUUAUUUUUUUUCAAUUUCACGAAAUGACGAGUGGGAGAGUCAAAUUUUUCUUAAGCUUCCAA